AUGGUAUGGAUCCUGCCCUUGAUCUGGGAUGAGCCUGGCAUGUCCCAUGAAUCAGCAGAGGAUUUAUUUCAUUUCAAUGUUGGAGGCUGGCAUUUCUCAGUUCCCAGAAGCAAACUUGCUCAGUUCCCUGACUCAUUGCUAUGGAAAGAGGCAUCAUCCCUGUCCCCUUCAGAAAACCAGCGGCUCUUCAUCGACAGAGAUGGCUCCACCUUUCGGCACGUGCACUAUUACCUCUACACCUCCAAGCUCUCCUUCUCCAGUUGUGCAGAACUGAACUUGCUCUAUGAGCAAGCCCUGGGUUUACAGUUGAUGCCUUUGCUGCAGACUCUGGAUAAUCUGAAGGAAGGGAAGCACCACCUCCGAGUGCGGCCUGCAGACAUUCCUGUUGCUGAGAGAGCAUCUCUGAACUACUGGAGAACAUGGAAGUGUAUCAGCAAACCCUCAGAAUUUCCCAUAAAAAGCCCAGCUUUCACAGGCCUGCAUGAUAAAGCCCCUUUGGGGCUCAUGGACACACCACUGUUAGACACAGAAGAGGAAGUCCACUACUGCUUCCUGCCCUUGGACCUGGUGGCCAAGUAUCCAAGCUUAGUGACUGAAGACAACCUGCUGUGGCUGGCUGAGACUGUGGCCCUCAUUGAGUGCGAGUGCAGCGAGUUCCGCUUCAUUGUGAAUUUUCUCCGCUCACACAAGAUCUUACUACCAGAUAAUUUCUCCAACAUAGACGUGUUAGAAGCAGAAGUUGAAAUUCUGGAGAUCCCUGAGCUCACAGAAGCGGUGCGGCUGUGUCGGAUGAACAUGGGUGGCUGUUCGCGGACCUCCUGUCCUUCCCCAAGUCCUGGAAAAGCAGGGCGUGCAGCUGGCCUAGAAUCUGUGAAGCCACUGUACAUGAUGGCCCUGGGUCUGCUGGUGAAGUACCCUGACUCUGCGCUGGGACAACUCCGCAUCGAGAGCACACUAGACGGAAGCAGGCUGUACAUCACAGGGAAUGGGGUCCUCUUCCAGCAUGUCAAGAAUUGGCUGGGAACUUGCCGGCUACCCCUGACAGAGACCAUUUCUGAGGUGUAUGAGCUCUGUGCCUUCCUGGACAAGAGAGAUAUCACCUAUGAGCCAAUGAAAGUGGCUCUGAAGACGCAUCUGGAACCAAGGACUUUACUUCCCAUGGAUGUGUUCACUGAGGAGUGGACAGCAGAGAUUACUGUGUAUUCCCCACAACAGAUCAUCAAGGUUUAUGUGGGAAGCCACUGGUAUGCAACUACUCUGCAGACUCUGCUGAAGUAUCCAGAACUGCUAUCCAAUCCUCAGAGAGUGUACUGGAUUACAUAUGGACAGACUCUGCUCAUCCAUGGGGAUGGCCAAAUGUUCCGACACAUUCUCAACUUCCUGAGACUUGGAAAACUGUUUUUGCCAUCUGAAUUUAAGGAAUGGCCUCUUUUCUGCCAGGAGGUGGAGGAAUAUCACAUACCAUCCCUCUCAGAAGCUCUCAUCCAGUGUGAGGCAUACAAGUCCUGGACCCAGGAAAAAGAAUGUGAAAAUGAAGAAGCUUUUCCCAUCAGGAAACUGCAUGUGGUGACAGAAGGGCCAGGGUCACUGGUGGAGUUAGGCAGAGAUGUCAAAGAAACCACAGCCUGUAUGCCUGUGGACUUCCAAGGCUGCAAUGACAGGACUCCAUGGAACAAAGCCAAGGGGAACCUGGCCAGAUCCAGUCAGAUGGAAGAGGCUGAGCAGUAUACCCGGGCUGUCCAGGUCUCUCUCUGUCGAAAUACCAAGAGGGCGGGCAAUCCUAGCACCUACUCACAUUGUUCUGGUUUGUGUACCAAUCCUAGACACUGGGGGGCCCACCCUGAGAGUCCUCCCAAGAAGAAGUGCACCACCCUUAACCUCACACAGAAGUCUGAAACCAAAGACCCUCCUGUCACCCCCAUGCAAAAACUCAUCUCUCUGGUGAGAGAAUGGGACAUGGUCAAUUGCAAACAGUGGGAAUUCCAGCCACUGACCGCCCCCUUGAGCAGCAACUUGGAGGAAGCUGCCCUGCAUCUCUCCUCUGGGAGUGAGGCUGCUUCCCAGCCCAGUGCCUCAGCUACCUGGAAAGUCCAUUCCAUAGCCUCAGAGAAGGAAUCAGGCCCCCAGGCUGGGGCUGGAGCUGGAGCAAAAGACAAGGGCCCAGAACCAACCUUUAAACCAUACUUCCCCACAAAAAGAACUGUCACCCUUAAGGACUGGGGCAAGCAGAAGCCAAAGGAGAGAGAAAGGCCUGCACCUGAGCAGCCUUUGCGUAGUGCUGGUGGGUUAGACAACCCAGGGAUCAUCCUCAAAGUGACUCACCCCCCUGUGGUGGGCAGUGAUGGCUCCUGCAUGUUCUUUGAGGACAGCAUCAUCUACACCACUCAGAUGGACAGCUUCAAGCACACACCACUCGCAGCUAUACCCCAGACUCAAGAGGUUACGUUCCUGAGUUUCUCUUUGUCUUGGGAAGAGAUGUUUUAUGCACAGAAAUGUCACCGCUUCCUGACAGACAUCAUCCUGGAUUCCAUCAGGCAAAAGGACCCCAAAGCUAUCACGGCCAAGGUGGUCUCCUUGGCCAACCGGCUAUGGACGCUGCACAUCAGCCCUAAACAGUUUGUGGUGGAUCUGCUGGCCAUCACUGGCUUCAAGGAUGACCGGCAUACCCAGGAACACCUGUACAGCUGGGUGGAGCUCACACUGCCUUUUGCCAGGAAAUAUGGCCGCUGUGUGGACCUGCUCAUCCAGAGGGGCCUGUCUAGGUCUGUCUCCUAUUCUGUCCUGAGUAAAUACUUACUACAAGAGGGCUAG